CCAAAAUAACCCAUAUAACAUGGACAUUUUAAACACUAAGUGAAGUGAGCACAGAAAAGUGAACCAGCAACGAGCAACCCUCUUAAUUAAGGUAACAUCAGCUUGCCUACAUUACCAAUCAGCCAUUCAAGGAUUUUGUUCAAAUACAAAAAUUCAGUGACAAGAAUGUUAGUGACUAAAUAUUUAAGUGACCUAGAGUGAAAUUCGCCAAAUUUCGUUAAAAAUAGAGCGUGUUUAGUUUUUCCUUUUCUUUUUUCCUUGGUUUUUUCUUUUAAAGAUUUGAUUCGUCAAAAGUGUUUGGCUGGUUGGCUGCUGAGUGAAAAUCUCAAGUGUGAAAUUACUAAAGAAAAGGAAUUUUCUUGGUUUGCAGGCUAAUUUUGGCAGAGACCCUUCUCCAGUUCUCCACCAUCCAAUCGCCUCUGCGCAAAAAGAAGAAAGAAAGAAAGAAAAAAUUCUCAUAUAGAAUCUCCACUUCUUGCUGCGCAACGAACUCUCAAGUCCCCAACAGAAACAGAAAAAAGAAAAAAAAAAAAAAAAGAGUCUGUUCUUCCUCCGUCUUUCCCCUCUGCUCUUUCUUUCUGUUUUGGGUUUUGGGGCUAACUUCUAUUUUGUUGGUUUUCCUGAAAUGAAAGCUUCACACUUUCCCUCGCUCUGAAACGAACCAACAUCGCCAUUUCUUUUCCCGCUCCGGUUCUGGGUUCAUCGAUCGCCUCAGUCUUGGUUCGUCAACUCUCUCUCUCUGUUUAUCUGUGUUUCGUUCGCGGAUGUUUACCUGUUUAUUUUUCUUGUUACCUGUCCUGAAUUGAAGUGAAUUCAACGGCUUGGCAAAAAUAAUUGAGCUCGGCCUGGAAAAUCAUUUGCCCUGUUUCAUUCAACUGUACAUUGCAUACGUAUAUCUGAGUAGAUUCCUGAACUGGGUUUUUGCCAGAAACUCUGAUUCGUAUGUAAUUGGAAAUCAUUGAUAUGGUGGUUUUACCAGUGAAGGCUUCUAUUUGCCAGUGAUAAUGCUUUAUCUUAUCUUAUCGUUGUCUUAUCUUAUCCUCUCUUUGGAACCUGAGAACUCGGAUAUAUGGGUACAUCAAUGAAGAGUGGAAUUCGCCUAAGCAGUUAGUUAGUAGGUUGAUUGAUCUAUCCAGGAUUUGCAUUUUCUCUUCCUCCUUGUACCCAUCUUUGAGAUCUAUUGUAGUUUCCCUAUUUAUAGAUUAACUUCAUAUUGUCCAUGAGGUCAAUGCUAUUAUGAGAGAAAGAGAGAUUCUAAUUUCCAAUCACUUUCUAUGGCUUUAUAUCACAAACUCUGGCUGAUCUGCAUGGAGAAGUAUGUCUGAGCUUUUUUCUUUUGGGUCAUUUUCUCCUGCAGGCUUUAAUGGACAAAGUCAUGGUAUUAGAUUGUCAUCAUUCUCAAUACUGCUUCUUGUAUUACUUGAUAUGACUAUAAGUUGCGAAAGAGUUCUCAUUUAACUUGCCGCUAAUGAAUGCUCUUGCACUGAUUUUUUUCUUGUCCUGCAGUCCUUAAUAAUGCGAGGAUCAAGCGGUAUACACACUGAAGGAGAACUGAAGGUAAGCUUUGGCUACCAAUGCAAUGGCAAUGGCUAUGAAACCCAAAAUCCAGAACCUAUCCUCCAAAGGAACAGCAGCUUCUCUUGUCUGUCAGGUGCUGCCUUAAGUGCUAAUACCACAUUGGCCAACACAAACAUGUGCAAUGGUCUCAUAGGUGCAGAGAUUCUCCCCAGUUGGGACUCCCCUACUUCCUUCCGAAGGAUCCCCUCGUCUUCAUCCACUUCCAAGCUCGACAUACUGUCGUCUUCUCUCCAAAGCACUGGGUCAUACUUGAGCUGCAGCCCAUCUUCUCCAAGCCAACUUGACUAUGAAUCCUUGAGUUCACCUUCGAAAUGUGAAGGAUUUCUCAACACCAUGGAAGUUCAAGUGGCUGGUGGAGCUGCUGGUGAAGACAGAGUUCAAGCUGUUUGUUCUGAAGAAAAUGGGUGGCUCUUCUGUGCUAUCUAUGAUGGAUUCAAUGGAAGGGAUGCUGCUGAUUUUCUGGCCGGAACAUUGUAUGAAACUAUCAUAUUUCAUACUAACUGGCUGGACUGGGAUUCAAAUCAAGAUGUUGUCAAGGCUCCAAAUGUAUGCCCUAAUGAUUUCCUUCAGUGUGGCAUUGAAGAGGGGAACGAUACUUCUCAUGGAACUCAGGAUAACCAUGAUUCGGGAGAUUCCUUCAGGCACAAGGUACUCGAUAGCUUACAACGUGCGGUUGCCAAGGCUGAGAAUGAUUUCCUGUACAUGGUAGAGCAUGAAAUGGAGGAUAGACCAGAUCUCGUCUCGGUGGGUUCUUGUGUGUUGGUUGUUCUUCUUCAUGGGAAGGAUUUGUAUACCUUGAACUUAGGUGAUAGCAGAGCUGUAUUGGCCACAUAUGAUGAAGGCCAUAAUAAGCGACUAAAGGCGAUCCAGCUGAGUGAUUCCCACACUGUGGAUAAUGACCUCGAGAGAGCUCGGGUUCUUAGUGAGCAUCCUGAUGACCCUGCAACUAUUGUUGGAGGCAAAGUAAAGGGCAAACUGAAGGUCACUCGAGCUUUUGGAGUUGGUUACUUGAAAACGAAGAAGCUGAAUGAUGCUCUGAUGGGUAUCCUCCGUGUCAGAAACCUAGUAAGCCCGCCGUAUGUCUCUACUGAACCAUCUUUGAAUGUGCACAGAAUAUCAAAAUCGGAUCACUUUGUCAUAGUAGCAAGCGAUGGCCUUUUCGAUUUCUUCACCAAUGAGGAGGCCGUGGAGCUUGUCCAUUCCUUUAUGGUGAGCAACCCUUCUGGUGAUCCUGCAAAGUUUGUGUUAGAACAGCUAGUCAAGAGAGCUGCUGCAUGUGCAGGAUUUAGCAUGGAGGAACUGAUGAACAUCCCAGCUGGUAGGAGGAGGAAAUACCAUGAUGAUGUCACUGUGAUUGUGGUCAUCCUUGGAACAAACCAGAGAACCUUGAAGGCCUCAACAUUUGUAUGAGAGGCUUCUGUUGUUCCUUUAUGAUAUCCUGUACAUGUUUUAAGGUUUUGACAAUCAAAAGCCUCCCAAGAUUAGUCUUCUGUAAAUAAGUAGGGCAACCUUUCUUGCAGGGUUUUUUAUUUUUUUUCUUUCUCUAUGAAUGUUUCUUUGGAAUAAGAGACUCAGGAAACCCCAUUUUUGAUCUUUUUGGAUGGGAAGAAGUUUUACAGAAUUCCCACCUUGUGAAUUGUUGGAAGCCUAGAAGGCUAUUGCUUUAGGGUUGCUUUUUUGGCCUUUCGGUUUGGUUGAUCUUUUAUUUGACUGGUUUUCCAUUAGCUCUAAGCAGCAUCAUGAAUAGCCGCUUUUUACUCAUUAUUGAGAAUCUUUGCCCUAUCAUCCAUGGCCAGCCAUUGUGGAAACCUAAAACUAUCUGCAACCCUUGUUUGAAAUAGGACAUUGCCAGAAAGUAUGUUUAUUGUGUUCUCUUUUUCUAGGAGCCAUUGUCAAUGGGUUCAUUCUGGCUUUAGAUUCUUUUUCCUUUUUGGUAGAAAGACAGGAUGCCUAAUUCAUUGAUCACAAUUUGCAGAGGGGCAGAUGAUAGCUCCUUUUAGCUAGACAAUCUGCUUAAGUUUUCCCUCUUACAUGUACAAAAAUGAUUCCUACUUUCCAUGAUUUCUAUUAAUUUUCUAUCAUAUAUAUUGAAUUGAAGCUUAGUUGUUCAGUAGUGCUUUUUUAUCUUUUAUCUUCAUUUAUCUAACUUUGUUGGUAUUAUGGAUAGAUUAGACAAGAUGUCAAUUAAAGAACAACGUGGAUGUUUGGACUUACAUGAUGGGUUAUGGUAGUGACAUUAUCCUUAUCCAUUUUACUAUACUUAAAACUUGCAAGGUUUGAUGAAAGUGUAUUGCAAAUUUGCAAUAGUGUUAAGGGUAGGAAUCGUAAUGGGAGGGUAUCUUAAUACUCAUACACUUUAAGGAUAAGUUUGGUUUAGAUAGGUUAUUAUGAAACAAGAUAUUGAUUGAGACAUGUUUAUUUAUUUUCGGUUUAGAUUGGCAAUUUUGAAAUGAGGUAUUGGUUGAGACAUGUUGAUUUGUUUAAAUAUAUGACUCAACAAAAUGCACAACAAGUCAGUUGUUUCAUUAAUAAAUCGAGAAACAACAGUUGUGAUACAAGAAUUGAGAAGGUGGCAUGAUCGAUUGAAAUUGUUUGAGAGACGAAGAGUCGAAGACCAUCAAUUUAUGGUAACUGCAUUAGGUUGAAGUAUGACACGAUAACACUUCAACUACAUCUAGUUUGACUAGAUUUUAUGUUGAAGCUAGAGAAAAUUCUCAAUAACAAGAUGGGUCGGUUAGGAGAGGGGUGUGCAACGGUUCGAUCUAGUCUUGAACCAGGCUUUACGAGGAGUAAGUAUGGUACCAACACUUCCGCAUUUAGCAUAAUAGUUAAAUUUGUGUUCUUUAGUAAUGAUAUCUUACCUUAUCCUCUAGAAGGCAUGAGAAAUCAUAAACCUGCUAUAAAACCGAAAUGAAUAGCGCCUAGACUAGUAGAACCAUCAAACCAGUUACAAUAGUGGUACGGUUCAUUUGAUUGGACAGUUAGAGAUAGACUGAACGAUUUUUAACGGUUUGACAUUAUAAACCAGAUGAACCAGCCUGGUUUGACAAGUCCACUGGUUCACUACUUUAAUCGUAAUUGUUAAGAAAAAAAUAUAAUUUAAGGUAAACUAAAACCAUCCAAAGAGCAAACUAAAUUACUAAUUUUUUCUAAUUUAUUUUCUUCGCGAGCCUCUUUGUCGAGUUUAUGUGGUCCACUAUGAAUUGUCACCCUAAUUACUAACUUGAAUUUAGUAAAAACAGACUCUCAACGAGUGUCGCCUCAUGUUAUAACUUUUGAUGAUGGAUGAUAUCCAUUUGAAAUUCUUUGUAAUUAGUGACAAAUACAGUCCUAAACUAGUG